GUCACCAAGGAUUCGUCAUUGACUUUUGUUGACAUCGUGGAAGAUAGUUGUAUAGUUGCUAUUCUCUACGAUAAUUUAAGAAAUAUUUAUUAUAUAAAAGAAAGUACAAUAAAUAAUAUAUGUAAACUGGGUGUUGCCAAAUAAACAUUAUAAUCCUGAUAUAGAGAGAAAAUUAACAAUUACUUUUAUCCAUUAUUUCACUUUAUGAUAACAUGUAUCAAUUGAUUAGAGUUAUAAACAAACAAUUGACACGUGGAUUUUAACAAACGAAAAUAAAAAACUUUCUUGUCAAAAUGUCGGGAGAAACAGAUAUUGUUGACAAUCAAGUACAGUUACCUCAAGAUCUUGGCGAUGAUGUUGUACAAGAAGUCCUUAAAACUGGGAUGGAUCUCCGUCAAUAUUCCGAACAAAUUGAGGAGGAAUUAAAAGAAGUCGAAAAUAAAUCCAUACAAGAUUAUAUCAAGGAGAGCCAGAAUAUAGUGAAUUUACAUAAUCAAAUUACAGCAUGCGAUAAUAUUCUCGAGAAAAUGGAAUCGAUGCUUAUGUGUUUCCAGAAAGAUCUUGGAAGUAUCAGUUCUGAGAUUCUUUCAUUACAACGAAAGUCUGUUGCUAUGAGCCAACAAUUAUCAAAUAGACAAUCGAUAAGGAAACCUUUAAGUCAAUUUAUCGAAAAUAUGACUGUCUCAGAAGCUCUUAUAAUCGGUAUUAUGGACUGUUCUGUGGUAGAAAAAGAAUUUUUGAGUCAGUUACAGAUAUUGAAUUAUAAAAUUAAUUUUGUGAGAGAACAAAGCUCAAGAGCCAAGUCAUGUAUAGAUGUAAAAGAUAUAUUGGAAAAAUUGAAAGUGAAAGCAAUGACAAAGAUUAGGUCAUAUUUAAUAGAGCAAAUUUAUAAAUUUAGAAAGCCAAUGGCAAAUUAUCAAAUAUUACAGAAUAAUAUGCUGAAAUAUAAAUUUUUCUAUGAAUUUAUUUUAGCAAAUGAAGACAAUGUGGCAGAUGAAAUUCGUGAAGAAUAUAUAGAUACUAUGAGUAAAAUAUAUUACUCAUAUUUUAAAGCAUAUUCAUCUAAGUUAAUGAAAUUACAGUUUGAAGAAAAACCAACUAAAGAUGAUCUAAUGGGAAUUGAAGAUACAGCAAGACAUAGUAUAUUUCAUAAAACUACAUUGAAACAUAGAGGAACUGUUUUUUCUAUAAACACUAGAGAUGCAGUUCUUACCACAGAAUUAGAAGCUUCAAUCAUUGUACCACUUACAGCUUCCAAUCUUAGGUAUCAUUAUGAAGCUCUGUUUAGAAGUGAACAAUAUGCAGUUGUUGAUAAUGCUUGUAGAGAAUAUUUAUUUUUAACAGAAUUUUUUAAAGUAUCUGGUAAUGAAGCUAUGAAAAUUUUUAAUAAGGUUAUGGAGAAAACAUUAAAUCUUAUGUCGAAGAAUUUGCAGUCAUUUGUAGACGAUUGUUACGAUACAAUAGCAUUAUUUUUAUGCUUGCAUUUGGUAAUGCGUUAUCAAUUAACAUGUCAUAAAAGAGCAGUUCCAGCAUUAGAUGAAUAUUGGGCUAAUUUGACGGAUAUUAUACGGCCAAGAUUUGAUUUCAUUUUUCGACAGAAUAUUCAAAGUAUAAAAAAUUGUGAUCCAUUAAAAUUUAGCAAAGAGACUGGCCCACAUUACAUUACAAGAAGGUAUGCUGAAUUUAGUGCAGCUAUGGUCAGUAUACUUGAGGGAUUUCCUUGCGAAGAAACAACUCAAUUAUUGGCAGAACUUAGAGAAGUUGUGCAAUUUUUUUUAUUAAGAAUGGCAGCUAUUUUUUCUAACAGAGUUGAUCAAUUAAUCUUUCUUAUCAAUAAUUAUGAUUUAGUGCUGAGUGUUCUUAUGGAAAGAACACGAGAUAAUUCUAAAGAAGCAGAAAGUUUUCGAGAACAAUUAAAUGCACGUUCUUCCGAAUAUGUCGAAGCAGUAUUAAAUCAAUAUUUCGGUGGUAUCAUUCAAUUAAUUAAGGAAUCUGAAAAUUUGAUUGAGAAAAAUCAAGAUGAAGAUUUGAAAAGACAAGACAGUGAAGCAUUGACUCUUGUGCAAUUAUUUACAAAUACCUGGAAAUGUUCUUUAAAAGGUAUCAAUGAUGAAAUAUUGAAAUCAUUUCCAAAUCUAGUAAUCGGAAAUGCAUUAGUUCAACGUGCGAUGACUCAAUUAGUGCAAUAUUAUAAUAGACUUCACAAAAUAUUACCGCCAAACGCACGAGCGCAACUUACCAACAUACAUCAUAUAAUGAUAGAAGUUAAGAAGUAUAAGACGAAUUAUUAGAUCUGCAAUGAAUUCAUAUAUUGACUAUCAGUCAUAAAUGAUCUGUGUGUUGUAUUCCACUGUCGAAUUAAUAAGAAAUGUGUAUACAAAUAUUUAAUGAAAAA